AUUAUUAUUGUUAUUUUAUUGACAACUGAUGACAACAAAUAUAUCUGUCAACGUAAAUUGUUGUUUUUAUUAAAACAAUGAUUUUUCAAUUAAAAUAUAAAUAAUGUAAACAAUUGUUUUUAAUUAUUCGCGUUAAAUGAAUUGAUAAUUAAAAAAAAUCAUUCAUAAUGGUGUGGAAAUCAACAGUGAUAACAGCCUCGGAUCGUAUAUUUCCAGGUUUAGUUUAUCAUGAUAGAGAAAAACAAUUUUGGGAUACCGGUAAUCUUAUUAAAUCUAGUCUACCACUGCAAAUGGCACUUUAUUUUAAUGUUUGGCUAUUUCCAAUUUGGUUUUCUGUCAUUCUUCUUGGCAUUGAUGCACAGUACUACAGUCUGUCUAGUGUCUACAAAUUUGUUAUAAUUGCAACCUACCUGACAAUAAGUAUUUUAGAAUGCAUAAGACUUUAUUUUGGCUAUUUAGGAAAUUUAGCUGAAAAAAUACCAGAAUUAGCAAGUUUUUGGUUAAUAUCAACAUUAAUACAAUUUCCAUUAUUAAUGUUUAUAUUUUUGGAUAGUAAUAUGUUACCAUAUUUUCUUGAAAGAUUGGCAACUGGAAUGAUGAUAAGUCUUGUUACAAUUGAAAUAAUAACUGGUACAGUUGCAUUAAAAAAUAUUGCAACACAUCAUUCAAGAAGAUUUUAUAUGGCUCAGCUUUAUGGUAUUGACAAUAAAUUUAAAUCGAUACAGUAAAAUUAAUACAAUUAAUUUCAUUAUUAAAAUUGUGUAGAAAAAAUUCAUGUAAAUAAUUAUAAAAGUGAAAAAAGCGUUUAAAAGUUAAAGUACAAGAUGUUGCUAGUGAAUGUGUAAUA